CUCCGGAAACGAGAUUCAUUAUUGAGGCUGGCUUGACGCUGCUUCAAUAUCCAGACCCGACAGACAAAAAAAAAGAGACCGGCAGUGUGUCUUUGUGACGAUGGAGCUGCGACCAUUUAUCAUGAUGUGCUUUGCACUGUGUGUGGUUUACGCCACCAGUAAACCCACUGAGAAGAAGGACCGUGUCCACCAUGACGAUCUGCUCAGCGACCGGGAUCACGAUGACCAGGAGAACUUUGACUAUGACCACGAAGCCUUUCUGGGACAGGAUGAGGCCAAGACCUUUGAUCAACUAACACCAGAAGAGAGCAAAGAGAGACUCGGUAUGCUGGUAGAGCGUAUAGAUGAGGACAGAGAUGGAUAUGUGUCUACUGAAGAGAUGAAAAAGUGGAUUAAGCACGCUCAGAAGAGAUGGAUCUACGAUGAUGUGGACCGCCAGUGGAAGGGUCAUGACCUCAACGGGGAUGGUCAGGUGUCCUGGGAGGAAUACAAGAAUGCCACAUAUGGAUAUAUACUUGAUGAUCCAGACCCCGAAGAUGGCUUCAGCUACAGGCAGAUGAUGGCUCGGGAUGAGAGAAGGUUCAAGAUGGCCGACCUGGAUGCAGACAGUAAAGCAAAUAAGGAGGAGUUCACAGCCUUCCUCCACCCUGAGGAGUAUGACCAUAUGAAGGACAUAGUAGUGCUGGAGACCAUGGAGGACAUAGACAAAAAUGGAGAUGGUUUCAUUGACCUAGAGGAGUACAUAGGUGACAUGUACAACCAGGAGGGGGACCCAUCAGAGCCAGAAUGGGUGAGGACAGAGAGGGAGCAGUUCACAGAGUUCAGAGACAAAAACAAAGAUGGCCGCAUGGACAAGGAAGAGACCAGAGACUGGAUACUGCCCUCCGACUAUGACCACGCAGAGGCCGAGGCCAAGCACCUGGUCUACGAGUCUGAUACAGACAAGGAUGGCCGUCUGACCAAGGCGGAGAUCGUGGAGAAGUACGACCUGUUUGUGGGCAGUCAGGCCACAGACUUUGGGGAAGCCCUGGCACGACACGAUGAGUUCUAACUUGCGAGGGCGCGGAGCUCCUCUCUACUGACACUACGUUCCCCUUGGAAGUGCUCUACUUUAGGCUCUGGUGAGAAGCAGUGCACUGGUGGGGGGGAUACCUGCCCUGCCACGCUAAUGCUACGGACAGUAAUUUAUUUGCAAUCUUGAUCGUAAUCCCUUAGACAUAUGAGUAUGCUCAGAGGGGUGCACAGCUGGUGUCUCCUGGUAGAUAAUGGCAUCCCAACCGUGGCCAACCGAUAUAUCCUCGCCUCUUCUCUACUUUCACUGCAACCCAAUCAAGAACGAGCAAAAGAACAAGCAGUAUUUCCUUCAUAUCUGUGUCGUGUGCAAAUCCCUUAUGGUUCUGUUUGACUGACCAUAUAAACCCUUUGAGUUUUGUUUUAGUUUAGUAGCCAUAUUGACACCUUUUAGGUCAUGUAUGCAGUGAACUGCAGACUAGCACGUGUGUAGUGUUGCAGUAUUCUGUGAUGCACUGAACUAGGAAUCGUUAAUGCAGACCAUUUAAAUUGUGAAACACCUGGGCCCGGUCCCAAAUCCACGGCUAGCCACGGCUCGUUGGUAAACCAUGUUUGAGUCAAGGCUUCUGCUUUGGGGCCAUUGAAGACUGUUGUAUACUCGUGCAAUAUGGUAGUACCUGUGGACCAGGGGGGUGCGUCUGCCAGCACCGGUCCUCAGUGCCCCCCGUGAUGUUCACAGUGCCAGCUAAAGGGGGGGUUGAAUGACACUAGGGGUGUGUCCAGUAGAGCUAUGUCACCAGCCCCUAUUCGGGUCACUGCUUGUCUGCCCAUCUUUCUUUUUCCUCUCGUCCCCAAAGGGAAAGGCCUCUGUGUGUUUUUUGUGUUGUCAUCACUUUGUGCCUUUUUCCUCUUUAAUGGUUUAAGUUUGAGAUUGGUCGAUGCCUGCAUGUCAACUAAACCUUCACCAGAAAUGCAUACACACAUUUGUAUAUUUUUUGUGCCAAUUUAAAAGGCGUAUAUUGAAAGCUUUGGGAAAUAAACUUUCAAAGGACUGUUUUUAAGACCUUUUCUGUUAUCUCUGUGAAGGUUUGUUCUGUACCUCUAUCAAUAUUUGUAUUAUGCUCCUAACCUCUGCAACCCUUUAUAACCACUGUCAAUAAGUUGUGUGAUAUGAAAUUGUAAUGUAUUGUAAUAUGAUAAAGCAGUUUUUGUUUUGUU